ACUGGUGCACUGCCUCACGGGGCAAGAUUGACUCAAGAGCCAACUAUUCGUUAUCGAUGCAGGGUGUAUAUAGUUCUCUCUCUCUCUCUUAAGCUGUACUUCAACUCAUCAACCCAAUCUCAUAAAAACAACAACAACAACAAAAAGAAAGCGAAAGAAAGAAAGAAAGAAAAAUGUCUGCCCUUUCCAACCCUCAAAUCCGCACAACAGAUACCCACAUCUACUUCCUCGGCGGCAUUCUCUCAAACUGGUACGCCAGCCCGAAAGCGUUCAUCGGCACACGAGCCCUCGACCUCUGCAUUGCCACCCUCGACGCAAUGCAAAUCCCGCACCCGGACGAAGCCGCCGUGUCGACGCGGCUGAUUCGCGAUUUCCGGUUCGGACGGGGAGAGCAGUGGAUGAUGGCCAUGAAGGCUUGGUUGUUCGAGGGGGUUCCCGGGGCCGAUCAACAACCCCCAGGGUUAAAUCUGGAUGAGUUCCGCAGGUUGCAGAACCAAGUCCUCGCGACGAGGGGCGCGCCUGCGGAUCCACAGCGCAAAGAACUCUGGGGGUCGGCGCUGUGUCGGAUUCUCCGGACGAACUCGCCCAAGGCGCAGAAGAUGAUUGGGCGCAAGGUGCCUGGUUUCAGGGACGAUCUGUGGAGUCGGGCGGCUGGGGUGAUUGUUGUUGCUGGGUGUGUGGCGCGCGCGGAGGUCGAUCCGGAGUUGAAGGCGUUGUAUUUGGCGAGUCGGGGCAGGAAGUUUGUGGAAGGGAGUCGGAAUGAUUGCGUUUGGGCUGUUGGGUUGGAUUGGAUGAGCGAGGAGAUUCUGGACGAGAGGAAUUGGAGGGGGAUGAAUAAGUUGGGGGAGAGUCAUGAUGCAGCGGCGAAGAUAUUAUUAUGUGGGAAGUAGUACAUAUAUGUAUAUAUAGACUUGUGCGUGCUAGGAAUAUUCAUAUCAAACAAGAUACACCAACUUCU